AUUCAGUUCGCUCUGUUAAAACACCAAUACAUCAUCUUAACUAUGAAGUUACAGAGUCUGUGCGUACUUGUGUUUGUCUGUGGUGUUAGUUGUAUGAACCAAGACAUUUUCAGAAAAUAUUUGGUGGCAAGACAACAAAGAUUAUUGGAAAGACACCAUGGAGGCAGCGGCAGUGAAGAGGAUGACGUAUUUGACGAUGAUGAGGUAGUCACAAUAACUUGUGGUGAAGGAGAAGUAAUCCAGGUGGUUGAUGCAAACUAUGGCAGUCAAGCAAAACCUCGUCAACCAAGAAAAUAUCAUAAGCAUGGAAAAGGACGUAAAGGCGGCAAAUCUGAAAAAGAUCAAUGUAGCGACCCACAGUCAUUAGUAAAGGUGAAGGGCGAAUGUAAUGGAAGGCAAGCAUGUGAAUUUACAGUCAGCAACCUUUUUAAUGAGGAUGAUUGUAUAAAUGAGGAAAUGCUUGCAGCAAGGUCAGGGUCAAAGUCCGGCAAUGAUAUUCAACUCUGGUUUGAUUACAAAUGUAUACCUCAUCCAUGUGUAAACCAUUACUGUGCACAUGAAGGUAUAUGCGUUUUAGUCGAUCUGAUAGAUUUGACCCCUCAAUGUGAUUGCGUGAACGAGUGGACAGGUGCCCAUUGUGACGACAACCCAUGCGAAGCAGACCCAAGCCCAUGUCCAGAAAGAAGCACGUGUUCAAUAACUGGUGAUGGAAGUGCCAGUUGCUGUUGUGAUGAAGGCUAUACGGGAGAUAAUUGCGACGUAUUAGUGGAUGCAUGUACCGUUAAUCCCUGUCAAAACGGUGGACAAUGUACCCUAGAUAGCCAAGGACUUCCUGUGUGCACAUGUGUAUCUGAUUUUGAAGGAACAUUUUGUGAUGUAAAUUGUCAAUGGCCAAUGAGUUCGUGCCCUACAGGUUUUACCGAGAUACCCACGGGUAGUAGGAAUUGUUAUUAUACGUGUGAUACAGAAACUAGUUGGCUUGGUGCAGUGUUCGAGUGUCGGGCACAGGGUGCAUAUCUUUGGGAACCAAAUACUCAAACAGAACUUACUGCUGUUGGUCAAUUUCUGGAUGUAGCAGGUAUAGACACUGUUUUUUCUGCUAUUGAUGCAUAUUUUAAUUGA